UAGAGAUUCAGAUCAUUCUUUAUCAAACAAGAAGGAUAGACUCGGCAUCUAACGGAUGAACUAGAAGGUGAUACCAUGACAUAAAACUACAAUCGGCCCUUCGUGAUUAUUAAUAUCUGAAACUCUUCAACAGUAACUAUUCAAAUUCAACUUCCGCCGGCUCCGUGCGUUAAAUCGAGUAUCACAAUCUACAAUAAAAUAUAUCUCAAGCCGAGGAUAUCAAAAAUAUCAAAUACUCCGACAGCUACCUAAUUAGGUGCCGUGUGAACACAAGAAAAGAAAAGAAAAGCCACAAUCCCUCAAAUCGACCAACCAAAAUGCUUUCUGUACCAGUUAAUCUCCCGAAGUGGCUCGAGGAGAAUUCCCACCUUUUGAAACCUCCGGUGAACAACUUCUGCGUCUACAAUGAAGGCUUCACUGUUAUGAUUGUUGGUGGCCCUAACGCCCGGACCGACUACCAUAUCAACCAGACUCCAGAAUGGUUCUACCAAUACAAGGGAGCCAUGAUGUUGAAAGUAGUUGACGACGGCAAUUUCAAGGACAUAAUCAUCCGUGAGGGCGACAUGUUCCUACUACCACCAAAUACACCUCACAAUCCCGUACGCUUCGCCAACACUGUCGGUGUUGUGCUUGAGCAGAAACGACCGGAAGACAGUAUUGAUCGUAUGCGUUGGUACUGUCAGGAAUGCGGGGAGGCUGUCCACGAGGCCGCUUUUCAUUGCACCGAUCUCGGUACCCAGAUCAAAGCCGCCAUUGAAAAGUUCAUGUCAAGCGAAGAGAAUCGCAAGUGUCAAAAGUGUGGCGCUAUCGCCAAUUCCGUACCGAAGCCUGGAACUAUUAAGGACCCGAAUUUAGAGUGAUGAUUUGGUUGGUCUAGGUAUACCACAUUUUGAAUAUCAACACAGAGUAUUGUUACCUAGGUGUCUAAUGGGUCUCAAUGCUAAUUCUUUGAUAUCUAUAAGACUUCACUAAUUGAGGAUUGUACCACUACCAUUCUAAGGGAAACUGCUUCUUUCCCAUUACUCUCUAAGCAUUCAGGUAUCUAGUCUUUAGUUCUCAGACUACUAUGCUCAUAGUUUCAUGGCUUAUCUAGCUUUUAGCUUCAUCUGUGAGCCUCGACGUGGUGAUGGGUCGAUCAAAGACCUGUGAAAAAUGACAAUGCCUAAGUCCAUUGAGAUAUGACCCGCACAUAAUUAUGGCUUAUCUUUAAAGUCUAUAAACUAUACACUUCGCCUCGCCCAGGUA